AUGUUGAAACAUGUUACUCGAGCUUUACGUGCACUAUUUUAUGGCUCAGCCUUAUUUAGUUUCGCUAUUAGUAUUAACAUUGUUCAAAUAUGUUCAAUGUUAUUGAUACCAUUUUCAAGAAGACUAGUAUGGAAGAUCAAUUCUCGAGGCGCUCAAAGCAUGUGGUGGGUCAUGCAAUAUAUAUUUGAGAAGAGACAUAAAGGAAGUAUUACAUUUUCAGGUGAUAAAAUUCCGUCAAACGAAAGUGCUAUAGUGAUAAGUAAUCAUAGAAGCUUUACGGAUUUUUACAUGUUACACUCACUUGCCAUUCGUAGAAACAUGUUGCCUCAUGUUAAAUAUUUUGCUAAAGAUUCUUUGAAAUAUAUUCCUUUUUUUGGUUUUGGUAUGUGGCUCAUGGGAAUGAUUUUCAUUAAACGAAAUUGGACUCAGGACGAAGGACAAUUAAAGAAAAUAUUUAGAGCUAUUAAAAAAUAUGCUGCACCUAUUUGGGUAGUUAAUUUCUUGGAAGGAACUAGAUUGACUCAAAAGAAAUUACAAGAGAGCCAAGCAUUUGCUAAGGAACGUGGAUUACCUAUUUUACAAAAUCUCUUGUUACCAAGAACUAAAGGUUUUGUUGCAUGUGUACGUCAACUAAGGAAUACUCAUGUGAAAUACGUUUAUGACUUCACGAUUGCAUAUCAACAUAUUCGACAAGGAUUGCAGUAUCCACCAAAUUUAGUGCAAAUACAUGCAUUACCGCUUAUUACACCUCCUUGGUCAUUUCACGUACAUGUAAAAAGAUAUGCUAUUGAAGAUUUGCCUAGUGAUGAGAAAAAUUUGAUAGAAUGGAUUAAAAAUGUUUUUGUUGAAAAAGAUGCUAUUUUAGAAGAUAUGAAAGUAAAAUGGACCAAAAGUGAAAAGUUAGGUCCAAUUCGUUCUGAAAAAUAUUUUAAUUAA